AUGACUUCUACAGGUAUCGGCGACGGCAAGGACGAUGCUGAGAACCACCCCAAAGGUUUGCAGCAAAUUCAUCAACCGAUGGACGAUGCCGUCAUGUUGCAUGGCUCCAAGUUUUCCAAUGAAGCUGUCAAACAACCUACUCUGACUGAAAAGAAACAGUCAUCAUCCUGGCUUGAGAUGAAUGCGUUCCAGCUUGAGAUUCAGCGCUUGAAAAGCGACAUUGAUACGCGCAACGCUUACACCCGGAGUCUCGAGCGGGACAAUGCAAAGACUGCUUCUGUGAUGUUGGAGAACGAAGCACUCCACAAAAAAGUGAAUGAGCUUGUCAAGAACUUGGACAGCAAAAACACCGAACUAUAUACGCUCAGAAGUGCCGUCGCUAGCUCGGCCAAUAUAGCUGAAGAGGCAGCCCACAUGCGCGUCCAGAUGGAGGCUUUCCCAAUAAUUUCUCUCGCGCUGGCGUUUUCGAUGAUCAAUCUGUUGUUGGAGUCUACGAAGCACGAAGCCCAGGCCGAUGACACUACUCGUACCCAGGCUUCAGUCAAUGACCUGCAGGUAAAGCUCACCGACGAAAAGAACAUCAACAAGCAACUCACUAUGGAACUCGCUGAGAGUAAGGAUAAAAUCAAAGACAUCACUGGUGUAGCCAAGACCUUGAGAUCCCAGAACAAGGGUAUUAAGAGCAAGGUCAAGGAACUCCAAGAGAAUCUGGGUUCUACCGAGAAAGCUCGAGAUUGGUACUACAAAAAUUAUACUCAGACAUUCCAGCGCUGCAACACACUCGAGCAAGAAAACGCUGCACUAAAAGAAGAGAAAAGAGGCCUCUCUGAGAAACUGACCAAUCAACUACAUAGCCUGGGUGGUUUAGUCACAGACCUAGACCUCGUUCAAGAGGAAAUUCGCAUCUACGUCUGCCCGCAUGACGACUUGAGAACCAUCUACUCAGCAACAGCAAAAGUCACACAGUUAAAGAAAGCGUGGAUGAUAGCAAGCGAGAUUUGGAAGCUCUGUGAGGACGAGAACAAGUUCCUGAAGGCAUAUGAGACAUCAAGACAAAACAUUCUGGAGCAUCACCGUGCACACGAGAGGGCACUGCAUAAGAAUGGACAUCUUAGGAAGAGGAUCAAGGCGGCGUUUGAAGAGCUGGAUCAGAGGAGGCAGUUUUGUAUCAAGUACACCUGA